UCCACAUGCGUUCCACAAUGUUAAAAGUACGCUGCUGCAGCUUGCUCUUAAUUUUAUUGCAGUUGAGUGUAAACGUAAGAGCGCAAACGAAGCUGCAGCGACGUAAUCGCUCACAGCAGCUGCUGGCCAGCAUAGGAGUGCGCCCAGAGCAUUACAACUCACGCAAACUCUACAGAAAUACGCUGCCCCAGUACACGGAUAUAGAUCGCGACUAUCGCCAGUUGUUGCUGAGCACGCGUCGCUUGUCGCUCAACUGGGCGCUGCGAAGCGAAAACGAGUUGAUUGCACGCAAUCGAAGAGAAGGCAAAAUGCAGCCAAUUAUACCAAAGAGUCAGCCCUUUGCUUGUGCACUGAACAAUACGCGCAGCAGCAGCAGACCCACAUCAGUGGAGCGACUGCGUCCAGGUGAUAUCGAUGUGAUUGCAGCCUUUGGCGAUUCUGUAUCCGCUGGCAAUGGCAUCAUAUCGCACAAUGCUUUGGAUAUGGUGAACGAAUGGCGUGGCAUGACUUUCUCUGGUGGCGGCAUGGCCGACUGGCGACGCUACCUAACGCUGCCCAAUAUACUGAAAGUGUUUAAUCCGCAGCUCUAUGGUUAUGCCAUCGCCAAUGAUCUGGUGGUGAAUCACAGAACUUCGCGUCUGAGCAUAGCCGAGCCCAUGAUCAUGUCGCACGAUUUGCCUUAUCAGGCGCGUGUGUUUAUAGAUCUGCUGCAACGUGAUGCGCAUGUGGACAUGCAACGCCACUGGAAGUUGCUCACCAUCUAUGUGGGCAACAAUGACAUUUGCUCCGACAUGUGCCACUGGACGAACAGCGCAGCGCUGCUGGCGCAACAUGCCAAAGAUUUGCGACAAGCUUUUCGCUUGCUGCGCGACAAUGUGCCGCGCCUGCUCAUAAAUCUAAUUGUAGUGCCGAAUAUAGUGCGCGUCCUCAGUGGACUGCAUCAGGUGCCCUGGCAGUGCUACAUGGUGCAUCGCAUUGCCUGCAAUUGUCUGAUGAGCGAUCAGCUGAGUCGGCAGCAGCUGCAGCAGCGUCAGCAGUUGCUGCUGCAAUGGCAGCAAAUUGAUUUGCAAGUGGCGCGUUCGCCUGAAUUUCAGCGCAAGGAUUUUGCUAUUGUGGCGCAUCCUAUGAUUGCCAACAUGAGCACGCCGCUGCUGCCCAAUGGCGACAUGGACUGGCGCCCCUUUGGGCACGAUUGCUUUCACUUUAGUCAGCGCGCGCACGCAGUGUUCGCCAAUCUGCUGUGGAACAGCAUGUGGCUCCCAGAUGAGCGCAAGCCGCAGCCGCAGCACAUGCCCGAUGAUCCCUUCGAGCACUUCGAGUGUCCCAGCGCGCAGCGUCCUUACUUUCUAGUGCGUCCUAGUGCGGCCGUGUGAUUAAAUUAAAAUAAAUAUUGUUGUUUU